GUUUCCAUAGAGCAUCUCCCCCUUUUAUUUUCUUCUGCUAUUUCUUUCUUCUUUUUGGUGGCAUUUGUGUCAUUGUGUGGGUCAGAUGUAUCCGUUGAAUAAACAUUUUGCUGCUCGGAAUGAAGUGUGUCUGAAAGAAUUUACGAAGCUCUGACAAUUUUCCCUCUUGAAUUUUUAUGCUAUGAUAUUUGUGUUUCCAUAAUCGUUUGGCUAACUGGUGACUAGUAACCAUCUUUCAAGUUUCUAAUUUGUACCAUUUCCCUGUUUAUAAGUAUCAAACUUUUGGGCUUUUCUUGGAUUGGUUAUGAUCAUGUAUGAUAAUGAAUUUUUCAAUUCUGAAAGUACUUUUGUCACCUGUGGCCUGUGGAAAAUCGGUUUUGGGAAAUUGGAAAUUGUCAGACUCGGGUGAAGAAUGUAGGUGACCAAGUACUCACCCCUAUGAUAGCUUAGGCUGAUGAUCUUUUUCCGAAAUCUGCAUGCUUUUAGUUUUAGGCUGUAAGAAUCGAUGGAGUUGAUUACUGGGAGAGGUAUAUGCAAGAACAUGUUACUGUACUUGGGGUGUGGCAUUGUAUGACAUCAUUAUGGGCGAUAAGUUUGUCGGUGUUUAAAGGGUUCCUGGUAAAAUUCUUGUCCAUUAUCUAACCAAUGUGCUCUUGCAUGGUAAGGUGGUAUCUGUAAUGUUUUUUACAUCACUAACUGAUCGAAGCAUUUAAAUUCGGGUGGAGUUGCUGAAUAAAUGGUUUACUCCAUGAUUUUACGAUGUGCAUUUGAAGAAUCUGUAAAUGUUAAGGACCCCUUUUGUAAUUGCCUGAGCUUAUUAUACCUUUGUUCAACUGUACAUUUGGUCUUGUUGGUUGCAGCUCUGUCGUUUUCAGAUGGGGUAUGAACUGCUAAGUUUCUUCUUGUUUUUUGUUUCCUGCCCUAUUUUAUUAAUAAAUGAAUUUAUAAAUCAAAUUUUCUGGCUCGUGUUAACUUCUAUACAAAAUACUUCAAAUUCGUUCCUUGCCAUUGCCAUUUCUUUUUGUUCACUUGUUUUGGUCUCAUUGGCAGGCCUCUGGAUUCAUGCAAUGGGUUGCUCACUCUUGUUCAAGGAAAGCCAUCAAAGGCCGUGGUCGACUCCCUGGCUCUGUUUGGGGUUUGAUUUUUGUACCUUCUCCUCUUCAUUUUACAAAUCUAUUUACAUAAAGUUUGCUGUCCACAAUUAAGUCUUUAGGUUUCCUGUUUGUAAUGCAUUUACUUGUUCCGUUUCUGCUGAAUUGUGAUAUUUACAGCUUCUGAGUUUGCUUGGGAUACUCUGGCAGAUAAUCUUACAAAUUUCCUGAUGAUAGAAUUCACUUGUACCAAUCCUCUUAAUCACUAAAUCCAGUAAUGUGAAAGAAUUAUUGUUUAUAUCUAGUCUAGCUAGCUUUAAGAAGAUUGCACGAAUUUCGUUUCUCAACCCCUUUGAAUGAAUAAUGUUUUCAUGGUGCAUCAUGCUAAUCUUCUAGUCUUUUAUCUAGUAAUUUGGUGACUCUUUAAGAUGCAUCAGUUAUUAUAGAGAAUGCUUCAUCUCAACAACAACAACAUACCAGUAUAUUCCCAACUCGGUUGGUGUCUGGGGGGUCAAGAUGUACGCAGCUUUACCCCCUGUAUUUCAAUACAGAGAGUCUGUUUAAGUAGUACGACCCAAGAUGCAUUGGUGCAUUGAUAUAUUGAUUUCCGGCAACUUCACCAAAUUAAGAAGCGCCAGAAUUUGAAUGAGCCAUUUUGAUCUAAUCCAUUUUUAGCACAAAGCUGAAAGAAUUGUCAAUAACGACUCUUCCAGCUCCAUUUGCAUUGGAUAAAUAGAGAAUGCUUCAUUUAAUCAUUUGAAAUACUUAUCUAAAUUCUUCUGUUGAAAUUGAUCCGUUAUUGAAUCUUCUCAUAUAUCUCUGCACCUGCAGGCUGGAGCUAUGCUGGGAGAUGCCUUUCUUCACCAACUUCCUCAUGCUUUUGGUAACUUUUUUUGUUCUUGAGAAGUUCUAGUGUGUCACUUACAUGUGAUACUGUCCUAAAGUUUGUGAUUAAUUUGAUGAGUAUACCUUGAUUCAUACUCUUGCUCAUUUGGGUUUUGAUGCUUUAGAUUUUCAUAAAACAAACUAAAUUAUUGAGAACAGUACCCGGGUACUGCUUAAAUUCUUUGUCUUCUGCUUCUAGACUAUAUCUGCAGUGUUCUCUUUUACCUUAAGCAUAUGUGGUACUAAUUGGAGCAUAACAAACUGUUGCUUUGUGAAAAUGAGCCAAAGUUUCAUCCGUGAAUGAGCUCUUUCAAUCUUGAUACUGAAUGAUGCGCCACUUAAGAAUUGAAAUACAGGUGAAAAAUAGACUGAAUAGUCGGCAUGCUCAUUAAAUUCUUCAGUCAAUCAAUUCCAUGUAGGUUCUGUGUGUUCUUAAUUGUUAAUCUUUUGAAGCUUCUCGGUUUUCCUACUGCAGUUUUUCUUACCAUCUUAAUCCUUCCCAGCGUUAAAACUGGUACGAUGUUACUUGCAGGUGGUGCGCACUCCCAUUCUCAUGAUCAUGAUCACGAACAUUCUCAUGUGCACGAUCAUUCUGGAGAUGGGCCUUUUCAGUCACAUGCUCACUCUCUUGAAGAUCUUUCUGUGGGAUUAUCCAUUCUGGCUGGGAUUAUAUUGUUUCUUAUUGUUGAGAAGCUUGUGAGGUAUGUUGAGGAUUCAUCUGGAGGAGUAAAUACAUGGAGUCGUGGUCAUCAUCAUCAUCACCAUAAAAAGGGUACCAAGCUGGAAAAGGAAAAUGAAGCUGAUGAGAAUCUUCAGCUACCCCAGGAUGAUAAACAAAAGGAUCUGACAGACUCCAAAGAAGUGUUCAAUGGAGGUUCUAUUGAUUCUAGUACUAGUGAAGAAAAGCUUCAUCCUACUCUUAGGAAGAGAAAUACUGGUGAAGAGGCUGCUGAAAGUAAGACUGGUUCAGUUGGUGCUGAAAAUGGUGUUUUAAAUAAUGUCUCGAGAAAUGAUGAGCUGAAACCUGAAUCCAAAUCAUCGAAUCUUGUCUUCGGUUAUCUGAACCUUUUUUCCGAUGGUGUGCACAACUUUACGGACGGGAUGGCUUUGGGCAAUGCUUUUCUGCUGUAUGGAUCUAUUGGAGGGUGGUCCAGAACUUUAUUUCUGCUCGCUCAUGAACUUCCUCAAGAGAUAGGUGACUUUGGGAUACUGGUGAGAUCUGGUUUUAGUGUCUCAACAGCCCUCUUUUUUAACUUCCUCUCUGCACUUGUGGCACUAGCAGGAACCGCUUUGGCUUUGAUGUGGGGCCAAGAUCCAGGGCACUCGUCCUUGAUAGAGGGACUUACAGCUGGUGGAUUCAUUUACAUCGCUGUUGCCGGAGUCUUAGCAGAAAUGAACAAUAAUGGUAGCUCGAGUUUUAGAAGUGGAGCAAUCCAAUUAGUGUCUUUGGUGGCUGGCAUGGCUGUUGCUCUAGGUAUUUCCCUUGUCGAAUGAUACUGGGAGUAGUUCACCUUUAGGUAUUCAGCUACCCGGCACAUGUGUUGUUUGUUAGAAGUCAUGUACAAUGAUGAUGUAUUGUAAUAUAGCAUAAUGACAUUUCACUGAAUUUGCCCUUUACAUAGCCAAAUGAUAUCUUGGUUGAUUUAAGGCCAGACGCUUGUAUUGUUUGUUGUAAACUUGAAUUGGAGAUGAUUUAGUGACUGAUGUAGCACACACGAUAAUACAAGAUGAAGCAGACUGAUGAUUUUCUGCCCAUGGUUGGAUGAUGUUAUGUAGUUUUAUGUAUGGAAUUUCAAAGAAGUUAGAGAGAAGGGAUCAAAAGUAUCUAGAUUGUGAAAACAAAAUACUAACUAGUACUAAACCC